UCACCAUUCACACAAGAAGGGGAAGUGCCCUCGCAAUCUCGACACAACUACCGGCGCCACCACUAUCAAAUUGGAAUUCUCUCUCUUUCUUUCUCAACCUUUUUCAACCGUCAAAAAAGUGCCAAGUACCAGUACCUAAAACGAACACACACAUACCUCGUGAGUCGCGAUCCUCAUCCCAAUCUCUCUCUCUUCCUAUAAAAAACAACUCCCGUCGCAAGGAGACAUGCAGCAGUGCAGUGGACGGGUGGAGAGGCAAAACUUACCGCCACAUAAUACUUGGAUGCAGAGUCUCUUUCUAGGAAUUGAACCGGUCAAAGUAAACAACGCAGCCACCGCCAACGACGAGCAACAAGCACCGAUGUGUCGGACCAUCGAAGUUGCCGUAGUGGAUUACCGCGAUCUCUCGCUGCCGGUUGCUGGAGACGAGCUUAGUCUCAUUCCGCCACUGAACUUCGCGAUGGUCGAUAAUGGCGUAUUCAGGUCCGGGUUUCCGGAUUCUGCGAACUUCUCCUUCCUCCAAACAUUAGGCCUCCGCUCCAUCAUAUGUUUGUGUCCGGAGCCGUAUCCACAGGCGAACAUGGAGUUUUUGAAUGCCAAUGGGAUUAGGCUUUUUCAGUUUGGAAUUGAAGGUUACAAGGAGCCUUUUGUAAACAUACCAGAGGAUACAGUUCGCGAAGCACUAAAAGUUGUCCUUGAUGUAAAGAAUCACCCUGUUCUGAUUCAUUGUAAACGAGGGAAGCAUCGAACUGGUUGUCUUGUUGGAUGCCUAAGGAAAUUGCAAAGAUGGUGCUUGUCUUCUAUUUUUGACGAGUACCAGCGAUUUGCAGCUGCUAAAGCUAGAGUUUCAGAUCAGAGGUUUAUGGAAUUGUUUGAUAUCUCUAGCUUGAAACAUCUGCCAAUGUCAUUUUCAUGCUCGAAGUAGUAGACAUCUCAAUGUAUUGAAUGGCUUCUUGGUGGAAGUAAAUUAUAGGACCUCCUUUGGAAUAAAUAGGAAAAGCUGAUGAGUUCCACACUGCAUUUCUGCUGCAAAAGGAUAUUCUUCUUUUUUUCCGUCACAGUCUCUCUGCGUCAGGUUCAAUACAUGGAACGACGGCAGUCGUCGAUCCAUUUAGUUUCUUCCUGAAAUAUAGUUAGUUAAAGGAGAGAGACUUAUUUAGUAUGAUGCCAAAUUGUGAACAUGAAUCAGGUGUAGUCCACCCCAGCUGCUGCUCUUGCUGGCGAUUAUAGAAUGGCUGUGUACCCGUGAAUUUGCGAAUUUCGAUGUGCUAGUUAAACACUAUAUAAGAAGUAAGCAAUCAAAUUUGCGUACAUAAUUACCUUGGCAUUUGUAUAAUGUAAUUUGUUGGACGAGAGAGCUUGAACAAUCAUCUCUCAAGGACGCUUGAUGAUGA